AGCGGACACAGAACGCAGUCAGACGUUGCAGCGCGUGGUCGUGCCAAACGAAAAAACUAAACCAAAUUUCAAAACGAGCGAACGAACAAGGAGUACUACAAAACAAGCAACAACCAAUCAACAACAACAGCAACAAGAAUAACAACAUAACUAGAACAAAGUUACAACAGCAGCCAGGCGAGCGAGAAAAUUUUUUCGUGUUGCGACACCAGCGUUGACCAGAGAGAUCUACGUUUCCAUGUGAAGUGGCAAUCAACAGAGCAAAGGCAAUCGAACAAACGAGAGCGCUCAAAUUGAACGGCUUGAAAGCAGCAUGGAUAAGGAGCACGACGACGAUCGAAUAAUAUGAGAUUAGAUGGGGCUUUAGAGCCCCGUCACGGUGCUGCAACGCUGCAGGGCCGCUUUAUUGGCGUUGCCAAGUAUCGGCGCGAGACGCGUGUAAAAUGUGAGCAACAGCAGCAACAAUGCGCUGAUGAAGACGACGAAGCAGCAGCAGCAGCCGCAGCAGCAUCAACAGCAGCAGAAGCAGCAGCCGCAUCAUCAGCAGCAGCAGCAGCCACAAUAGCAGUUGAAGACGCCAACAAUAAUAGCAGCAACAAUAACAACAACAACAAUCAAAACAACAACUACGACAGCAACAACUAUAAUAAUAACAACAAGAGCAGCGAGAGCAACAAUUGCCGCUGGGAGGCGUCAGAGCAACAAGCUCAACACUUGUCGCCCAGCCAGGCGCCAAGCAUAAUAAUAGCAACACAAACAAACAACAAAGCAAACUUGCACUUAAGGAUUAAGGGCGUCGCAACGACCGCAACAGCAACAGCAACAACAACAACAACUGCCGCGUCCCUAAAAAUGCGUGAGGAGCAAUCGUUAAUGCUAAUGGACCGCCGGACUGAGGUCGAUGGUGUUGGUGGCAGCAACAACACCAACAACAUGGGGCGACUUCAAACAUACGUCCUGUGCCUGAUUUCCGUUGUCGCACUGCUGCCACGGCUGCCAGUGGCGCUGGCCGAUGACGGUGACAAUUUCUUUGCCGUUAAUAGCUUCAGCGUGGGACCGGAGACGACAACACCCGAGUUUGAUUAUGCCAGUCGCGGCCAGAAGAAGUUUGGUGACAAGUGCGAGAAUACAUUGGAGUGCGGUUUUCCCGGUUCAAUAUGUGAUCCCAAGAAGAAGUCGUGUCAGUGCACCGAGGAUCUGCAUGUCACCAAUCACAUUGAUAAAUGUGGCAAGGCGUCUGCUGUUAACGAAUCCUGUUUCUUCAACGAGCAAUGCGAAGCGGUUUACUUUCAGACGGAAUGCCGAGACGGACGUUGCAUUUGUCGGUUCGAGAUGUCGCCCAUCUGGGGCAAGGAUGGCUCCGUCGAGUGCAAAGGGCGCCAGGAUAAGCGAGGACCCGAGACAUACAUUGAUCCGGCCAUGAUUGGCGUGCUGGUAGGAAUGGCAUUGAUGUUUAUUAUUAUUUGUGUCGUCCUGCGAUUGUUUAGCCAGGCACGUUGGCGUGAGAAUCGUACCAUCUUUAAUACGCCCAAUCCACGCCUCAUGAACGUCUCGCUGUUGCGCGACAGCAAGCUCCUCCAUGGCCAGGAGCGUCGUGGCUCGAGGAUGUCUGUGCGGGCUCCAUCGAGGCAGCCAAGCAUGGCCUCAUUGCGGCCCCAUUCACCGAAUCCGUCGCUAGGUAAGACAGGUUCGCAGUCGGAGUCGCGUGGCAGUGCCAGCAAUGCCUCAGCCGCCUCGGUGCGUUCGAAUCGCAGCAACUCGGUGGCACCGGGUAAGGUGUCCAGCGGUCAUCAUGAGCGGCAUGGCUCCUCGCAUCGUCAGCACCAUUCGCAUGCCCAGCAGCAAUUGCAAUCGCCGCAGGAGGAGGCCCUGAUUACGAACAUAACAACAAACCCCGUGGCCGAAAGCGUAACCGUUGAAAUUAUCGAACCGGGACACAAGUGAGAAAGAGAGAUUGCUGAACGCAGAGACAGAGAGAGAGAGAGAGAUAGAGCGGCGAUGAAGUAAAUAACAAUUUAUACAAUAAUAACAACCGUAACAAGAACAAGAAUGAAAUGAAAAUGAUGAUGGAAAGAAAAGAAAACCAUAAAACUAAAGUAACAGAAAAACACUCAGAAAACGAGUCAACAAAUCGUCGAUAUCGUCGUUUAAUAUGCACGCGAUAAUAAGGCUCACUAUUCGGGCCAAUGCCAUUGUUAGACCCUUUUUUAAAGACAUUUUUUGCAAUUAAUGGACAAAUUGUUGGAUACCCAGUAUAAAGCGUAUUACAAAACUUUUUGCAGAACCACACGACAACAAUGCUAAUUAAUUACUUGCAUAACGAUAUAUUUAAAUAAAUAUAUAAAUAUAUAUAUAUAUAGAUAACACACAUAUAUAGCGAGCAAUGCAUAUAUUGAUCGGAUAUAUGCAACUACACCGUAAAAAAAAUGUUCGAAAAAAAACCUUGCAUAACAAAUUCAUACUACUCUUUUUUUCAAACCAAAAAAAAUCAACAAAAUAACAAAUUAAAAAGAAAAAACUAUUACAAAUAACAAAAAAAAAAAACAUAAAACAAAAACAAAGAUCAUUUAAAUAAAUAAAUUUACAAAUUUAUAUAAAUAUUGUACGCAAAAUAGAGAAAGCUUUAUGAAUUAACAGCAACAACAACACCCAAGUAAAACAAAUUUCGUAGAAAAGAAAUGAACAAUAAUUGAAAUAAAAAUUAACCAAUGUAGGCAUGAUUUCAAAAGUAGUGAAUUGAGUUUAGAUUUUGUUUUCAUUUGUUUUGUGUUUGAUAAUACUACUUAAGGAAAAGCGAUAAUCAUUGCCAAAAACAACAAAAAAAACAAAGAACAAAACAAUUAGGACACAUAGCAAAACAAGCAAAAAAAAGCUGAUUAUGUACAAUGUACAUACGCACAACGCCUUAUCUUAUCUAACUUACAAAAAACACACAAAAAUAACAGGAAGCAGCUCCUCCCAUUGAAUAUCUCUAUAGUGCGAGUUCCGGCCACGCCUAUAUAUUAACAACAACAAAUGCUGCUGUAGUCCCCAUAUGGAUAAUUAUUAUUCUUAUAGCCAAUGAACAACACAGAAAAUGCAAUUGCAAAUGCAAGAAAAUAUUAUGAACCUCGGGACCAUAUUUUAUAAUCAAAAUAUGCGUUUCAGAAAAAUGUAAACGAAGCACGCACGUUUAGUUCCCACAAAAACAUUUUUCAAAUAUACUCGUAUAAAAAAAUCUUAAAUACCAAAAAAAUAACAAUAACAAUACUUUUAACUAUUGGUUAAUGCUGGCUGAACUAAAUUUUAGGGAACACUGAGAACAAAAUGAAUAAAAGAAGAAAAAGAAAAAAAAAGCUAGCACAAUGCACCCACAAGUGCCGUAGUUCGGGUAGUUAGUUAAAAUCUAACUACCUCUCUAAAUAUACGAGUAGCUUCUAAUAAUCUAAAUUGACUUCCAAAACCACAUAUGAAUCUUGAGUUCUUAUUGUGCUACGUUUUUCGUUACAAAUAAUUACACAUUUCAUUUCCCAAAUCCCAAUCCAACCUUAGUCAAUAAUGUUCUCCUUCAGCACUGGGCGGACCAAUAAUAGGGGAAGAUUCUUCGUGCGUCGAGUGCUGAGACAACAUGCAUUGGUAUAAGUGUAAGAGGGGAUUCCGUUAGGUUUUCAGUUGAAAUUCAUAGUACUUAAAGUCUAUCGAGUAUAAUAAGGAAUUUUUUGAUUUUACAGCAAAGCCCCACAAACAACCAAAACAAAAAAAAAAACUCUCAUUUGCUUUUGUGCUCAAUCAAAGAAGCUUAACUGUGAGAAUAACAAAGUGAAUACAAAACGUGUUUAUAAAAACCUUAAAUACUAAAUACAAAACACAAAAAAAAAACCUAAACAUGGCCUACAAAA